UUACGCCCAAAACCAACUUUCUCUGACGGGUGACGCUGGAGCAAAAUACAAAGAAAAGAAAUAACAAACUACCCACAAUCGAAAAUGGUAAACACAACACAAUCAAUCAAGGCCAAGAAUAAUUAUGUUUGUCAAGGCGAAGAAAAUGGUAACACAGAACACACAACUUACCAACCUGUCGCGAGGCACCACCACCAGUACCACCACCCUCGCCCUCACCCUCCAAAGAUAAACAAAACAAAACAAAACAAAAAAAAAGAAAAAAAAGAAAACGUGGCCACCCAGGCAUCCACCCUAGGCGGUGGGUUUAUCACUCUCGAGUGACAUCAUUCAAGUCAGAAAGUGGACCUCUAUUUGUGGUGUGCGCAGCCCAUUCCCCUGGCGCACAUUAGCCAACCCCCACACCCUCACACACCUAAGCGGUGGCCUAUCCAUUGUAGAUCUCAAAAUCAGCCGCACACCCCUCCCACAUCCCACCCACCCCUCCCCCUUUUACCCAACAAAAAUCAAUUCAAUAUGUCACCAAACCCCACCACUUCCACUUCCUCCUCGCCCUCUCUUUCUUUUCCUUUCUCCACCACAACCACCAUUCUUGUUUGCCCUCUCCGCCGCCUCCUUUUUUAUCUCCAUCUAUUUUUCUUUACCCAUCACAACACCGUCCCUGAUCAUGUCAACCCCUGGUCCCGGAUCUCCCUCCCCUCCAGAUUCUUCCCUCACACCAAAUCCUCUCCCUUUAGUUCCCGCGCUCCCACAACCCUCCACCAACCCACGCCGUCUCCCGCCGCCUUGCUGGUCUCAUGACGAAACCGUUGCCCUUAUCGACGCUUACCGUGACAAGUGGUACACUCUCCGCCGCGGCAAUCUCAAGGCCAACCAUUGGCAAGAAGUCGCCGACUCCGUUGCUCGUCGAUGCCCCACCGCUUCUCCUCCGAAAACCGCCGUGCAGUGUCGUCAUAAGAUGGAGAAAUUACGGAAACGGUAUAGAACGGAGAUCCAGCGCGCCCGAUCUAUGCCUGUUUCGAGAUUUUCCUCUUCUUGGGUUCAUUUUAAGCGCAUGGAUGCCAUGGAAAAAGGUCCUCAGGCUAAAACUGAUUAUAAUUCUGAGAGUGAUAAUGAGGAUGAGAAGGAGGACGAUGAUGAUGAUGCUAAUCAAGGUUUCUAUAUGGAAAAUCAAAGGAAUGGAGGUAGCGUAUUGAAUACAAGGAGUAUUCAUAAGCUUUAUCGUAAUGGGAUUGGGGUUAAUACUGGUAGCAAUAUGAAUUCUGGGGCUAGUGCCAGUGCUAGUGCUGCAAGUGGGUUUAGAAUUAGAAUACCCACAGGAGUCAGUAUAGCGCAGCCAGCACCUAAAUUUUAUGAUCAGAAGUAUGGUGUAAACCCUAAUUCGAUUCCUAAACCUAAUUUCGGAGGAGCUGGGUCUGGGUCUGUAUCUGGAUCUGGGUUGGCGAGUGGUAGGGUUUUGAGAGGGUCUGAUGAAAUUGGAAAGAAGAGAGAGAGGGAUCCAAUGGAGGAGAUGGUAGCUGCAAUAAAGGUGUUGGGAGAUGGAUUUGUGAGGAUGGAGCAGAUGAAGAUGGAGAUGGCUAGAGAGAUUGAAACAAUGAGGAUGGACAUGGAGAUGAAGCGCACUGAGAUGAUACUCCACUCACAGCAGCGAAUUGUUGAGGCCUUUGCUAAGGCCUUUUCUGAGAAGAAGAAGAAGAAGCCCAAGAGAAUACCUUCACCUGAAUCCUAAUUUAUGAUUGUGCACAUCCAUAUCCUUAUUUCUUUGUUUCUAUGGAUUAAGAUGGUGCUUUUGGAUUUGUAUGUUUAGUUGCCUAUAGAGCCACCUCGCCUUGUGAUUAAUUAUGUAGGAAAUUAGGAACCUUGGAGGCUAAUUUUUUGCAAGAACGUAGCUUUUAUUUUUGUUACAGGCCUGUGGUGUACAAGUGUUAACUUUCUACUUUGGAUUUUAAGGCACAGGAUUGAAGUUGUUUUCAAUCUCGUCUCUCUAAUAUGUGCUUGUGUGUUGAAUGUUACAGAUGCGUUGUGAAAUAAUCAAGCUGCUACUGUUGGUGGGUUUUUACUUUCA